CGAGGGUGCGGAACUGUCAGCAUCGUCUGCCCCCUUUUCACCAGCCAGGAGCGUUCGUCACUUCUGAUUAAUAAUUAAAUCUCAUGAUCGGAUCGAAACGUGAGUUGAUCAUGGACGGGGAGAGAACGGAGCGGAAGCCCGGGAAGGUUUUCACCCUCGUCUUGGUCGCCUUGUCCGUACUGGUUGUUGGAAGCCGAGGCGUCGACGGGAGGGUGUGCUACUACGGACAAGAACGUGACCCGGAGAGCGAGGGAAAACUCCGGUGGAUAUUGCCCUCUGAAGACCACGAGAACCGAUGCUCCUGCACACGGAUCAGGAUUGGAGGGGUCAACCCGACCGUAGCGAAAGGAAGAUUGGACGGGGCGAGUUUCACAGAUCAACCGCUCUUUACGAGUGACGUGGCGAGGAUUCGCGCUCAUUUUAAAUGCAAAGUAUCUUCAAAAGAUGCCUCGACCAAUCAGCCAAGCGCAACCACCAACGGCCAGCCAACCACCCCCACGGACCCGCCAACUACGACCACAGAUCACCCAACUACUACCAAGGUUCCACCAACUACACCCACUGAACCUACAACUACCACCAAGCCCGUAUACGUUGACUGUCAGGCCUUGCUGGACGAUGGUCAUACCGAGAGUGGUGUAUACAAUAUCACCCCAUCUCAGUAUCCUGACGGCCUGGAGGUCUACUGUCACAUAAAUACGAACUCUAAAAAGGGAUGGAUAGUUUUCCAGAGACGCGUGGACGACACGGUGAAUUUCACCCGCAGCUGGGCCGAGUAUAGGGAUGGUUUCGGUGACAAGGAAGGGUCGUUCUGGCUGGGGAACGAGAUCCUCCGUCGUCUCACUGAACCCGUAGACGAGGAAUGGCAGAUGAGAGUGAGGCUAAAUGUGGCUGAUGCGCCAAAACGACAGUCUGGGGCGUAUAAUGAUUUUCGUGUCGAUGGAGAGAACUACACUCUUCAUGUUGGUGCAUUUACAGCUGAUCCCGAUAACCCUUUGAGUGACUGUCUGUCCCCUCCUCCCGGCGGUGAACCACCAUCCAACGGACAGCCCUUCACGACGUACGAUCAGGACAACGAUGCCGAACCCGAUCUGAACUGCGCCGAUGAGUUGAAGGGAGGUUGGUGGUUCAAUCGAUGCACAGAUACAGGCUCGGGUGUCGGGCGGCACAGUAACCUGAACGGCGAGUAUUCUCAGAUACCCCCCAACGAUGAGUACGGCCGCGGCAUCGUGUGGAGCAACAUCUACCAGCAAAUAACGCGCACUGAAAUGAAAAUACGUCGUUGUGAUGGUUGAAAGGAAAUAAAAAUUUUGGAAUAUUACCCAGAUUUAAAAAUCAAACUAUAUUUUAUUGUAUUGGGGUGAUGCCGGGCGGCACAGUAACCUGAACGGCGAGUAUUCUCAGAUACCCCCAGCCGAUGGGUACGGCCGCGGCAUCGUGUGGAGCACCACCUCCCAGCAAAUAAAAGGCACUGUAAUGAAAAUGCGUCGUAAAGUUCUCACGUCUGGCAAUAUUAAAGAUUAGGUUUAUUUUUGCGGAAUAUUACUCAGAAUCUUUUGGUAUGUACUCAGAUUUUUUACGGCGAUCUCAUGUACUCCUAAUUAAACUAUAAGUGCACCUUUUGAGAAAAAAACAAAUCUAUUUAUAUUUAAAUUUAUCGAAUCCAAGAAAUCUUACAAAAAGACGUUUCUGGACUCCUGAUUGCCCUAGACCUUAAAAUCGCAUUAUGUCAUCCUCACUCAUCAGGAAAAAAACCAAGGAUACGAUACCGAAAAUAACUCGAAUAGUUAUUUUAAUAGAAUAUUGGACUGUACCGAAAAAAACACCCGAAUCGAAUAUUGGACUUUAACUUAAACUAUAUUUAAAUUUAUAAAUUCCAAUGAAUCUUUAAAAAGUAGGUUUUUAGACUCCCGAUUGCCCCACCUUGAAAUUUCAUUAUCUCAUCCUCACCCCAUCAAAAAAAGACAGGAUACAUUAUUGAAAAUACAUCGAAUAGUUAUUUUAAUCGAAUAUUGGACUCAUGUUAACAUUAUAUUUGCGAACAAACUCACUCAGUUGACCCAAGUUGUCGCGUUGCCGCAUGCUUGAGUCGGGCUCAAUGCCUGACACGCCACACAACUCUAUCAUGCAUACAACUGAUUAGCUCCUCCUUGUUGUUCCUCGACCAGCCGUCGAUUUCACCAAACUCUUCUUAACUUGGGAUUCGAGACAGUCUCGAUGUCAGACACGCCACACAACUCUAUCAUGCAUACAAUUACUGAUUUGCUCUUCCUUAACUCCUGCUCUUCCUUAACUCCUCGACCAGCCGUCGAUUUCACCAAACUCUUUUUAACUUAGGAUUAAUCGUAGGACUUAGGAAAAGUUCUGCAUCCAAAAAAGUAAGACGCUUUGAACCCAUCCUACCGGGACGGGUUACUCGUCCUAAGUAGAGAUAGGAUUAAUCCCAGCGUUUCGUGAAAUCGGCUGCUUGCCUUGAGAAUGGUCCUGGUGGGUCUUCCGGGAUCGCGCCUGCCGUGGGUGGUGGCUCCUACACGCGAUAAAAAGCAUACUCAAAUUUCGACUCGACUAUUAAUCAGAAGUUAACUUGAAAUGUUGACGUCCAAGAUUAUAAACGACUUUAUUAGAUUUGUUGUUUUCCAGUUGUUAAACACUCUGGCAUAAAUUUUCUGAUUUGGGGUUUUUCGGAUGUAAAGAGUGAUCAAUUUAUAAAUUAUAUUAGUGUGUAAUGAUGCGGGAGAGUGUCGUUCCAGCGAAUUCUGACCGCCGGAGAUUCGGUCCCCUUCGAAAUUAACGUGGGUUGUAGGAGGAUGAUUCAAAAGAGGGCGCUAUCAGAAAUAGUUUGUACCAUGAAGGAAGAAAUUUUGGGAGCACACUUGCGGUUCUAUAAUAGUUUAACACUGUGCUAGGCCCAUUUUAAUCCACGGCUUUGGCUUCGGAUACGGCUUCAGGCUGCUCCGUUCUCUCGUCUGAAGCCAUGAACACGUAUAUGCAAAGCACGCGAAAUUGUCAAAAUAACCGCGGGGCCAAGCUAGCCUGAGCCUAUUAUGCUUAAGGUAAUACGCCAUUUUUUUGUAUACAUGUAGAUAUGGUGGACACAAUGCCACGAUAUUAGACCUAUAACUUUGGGUAGAUUUGAGUCUGUAUGGACGCCCACAUUGUGUACUCCUAUAGUGUCCACAAGUGCCUCAAAAAGCUAAUAUAUUUAAAAUUGGCGGGGGAACUGGGGCACGCUAACUAGGCCUACUGUGUGGUGAAACUUUAGGCCUAUUUAAAUUUAAAUAUAAUGUUAUUUACAUUAUGGUGAAUAUUCAAUAUGUAAAAAUGACGUCAGACUUAUGACUGAUUGGCUGACAUGGGUAAAACUAGUCGACAUUUAAUAAAGUAAUAGACUCAUUUGGCAGCUGCCAUCUUUACUGAAACGUGUACGCAUGAAGAGCUAUCAUUGGCAUUGGCCGAGAGUCGUACGCAGCGCAGUUUCCAUUGUAUUGGACUCAUGUUCUGAUGGUUGAGUUAUCGGAGUGUGGGUUCGAAUACCGGCCUUGACAUUCGUGUCCUUGAGCAAGGCACUUAAAGGGUUUAGGUACUUU